GGUUGUCGGCGCGGGGCGGGGCCCGCGCGGCGGCGAGGCCGGAGGGGGCGGUGCUGCCCCCGCAAGAUGGCGGUGGCCGGUGGCGGCGGCGGUUCGCGCUCCCCGGAGCGGGUGGCGGCGCGGCGGCACGACCCGCUGUCGCGCUUCACGUGCCCCGUGUGCCUGGAGGUGUACGAGAGCCCGGUGCGCGUGCCCUGCGGACAUGUCUUUUGCACUCCAUGCCUGCAGGAAUGCCUGAAGCCGAAAAAGCCUGUUUGCGGUGUCUGCCGCAGUACACUGUCUCCUGGUAGCAGAGCUUUAGAUCUGGAGAAGCAAAUUGAAAUGACGGAAACCACUUGCAAUGGCUGCAAUAAAAAGAUGUAUCUCUCAAAGAUGCGUAGCCAUGCAGCUUCUUGUUCAAAAUACCAGAAUUAUAUAAUGGAAGGUGUAAAAGCUGUAACUAAAGAACCACUUCACAACAGCAGGAAUUUUCCAAAUCGCUUUACCUUUACUUGUCCAUACUGCAGUGAGAAAAACUUUGAUCAAGAAGGGCUAGUUGAACACUGCAAAACACUGCACAGCAUGGAUGCAAAACAAGUGGUCUGCCCAAUUUGUGCCUCAAUGCCAUGGGGAGAUCCAAAUUACAGGAGUGCUAACUUCAUGGAGCACCUGCAAAGGCGACAUCGUUUUUCGUAUGAUACUUUUGUGGAUUAUGAUGCUGAUGAAGAUGAUAUGAUGGCACAGGUUUUGAUCCGUUCUUUGCGUGAUAAAUGAACCAAGUAGAAGAUUAACUGUAAAACCAAGCUUCCAUGCGGGGGGAAGUGCCCAGCUUCCUUGCAUUUCUCCCUUUACAUCCUAAGAUGAACUCAGGCAUCCAGAAAUAUGGAAGACUCUUUAAUAUCUAUCUCUUGGUUUCAAAUCCUGGUUUGGUCUUUCUGUAUCAUUUGGUCUCUUGUUAGCAUGUUGUAUGCUGUUUAACCAUGUCAGCCUAACUUUCUUACUAGCUUCACACAAAGCUUAAUGAUAAGUCAACGUGAAGGAGAGGAGUCUGUUUUUUCUUUCCUAUGCUUCUUUUUCUGCAGUUGUGUUCAUUUGACUCUCUUUAAAAGCAAAAACAUUCCAGAAGGAAUGGCCUGAGCUAGUAGGUAGAUAACUCUCCCCAGUCCCUCACUUACAUUUCUUAAAUGUUAGUAUCAGAGGUAUAUUCACAGCUCUGUUUUCAUUCAGUAAGAGCUCUAGGUGUUAACUGUAAUUGUCAGAUCAGUUCCCAUUUAAAGUGACCUAUGAUAACUGUGACUUCAUAAUGUUUACCAGUGUUCGAAUUCGUACAGUCAGCCUCUCAACUAUAUGGAAAACAUGUCUUCAGUAUAAAUCUUCAAACUACAAACUUCCCUAGCAAAUCUGUGCGACUGUGUAAGAAACUAGUUCAGAAAACUUAAGUUCCAUGCCUAUUAUUUUCUUCCAUACUCUGACAAAAAUAAUUUCUAACCUGGAAAAUAAACUUUUAUUAGCCUUAGUUUAAAAAAGAUGCAUUUUAAGUAAUAUAUCAAAUAUUGUAUUUGCUGGCUUUACGAUUAAUUUAAUGACUUUGGCACUAGUUUUCUAGCAUUUUAAUUUUAAGCCUUAUGUUGACAGAGGAAAUCAGAAGUUCUUUUUUAAUAACUGCUGCUUCCUAUUUGAGCUAAGAUUUUCAUUUAUGUAUUUAGUUUUUCCAUCCCUCAGGGCAAGCUGGUUUAAAAAAAAAAGAAAAGAAAAUACUUGUAAUCCAUAGUGCUCACGCGGCACUACCUUUCUGCCUUUAAGAUUUUAGCAAGUGUUUUGAAUUCCUGAACUUCAUUUGAAUGUCACUAAUGUAGCUGAAGCUGUACUUAGAUUGUUUUCCAUAUAAUGUAUGUAUAAUAUACAGGUAUAGCUUUCGAAGGAGAAAUAAAAUAGAAAUGAGAAAGCAGGAUGACUGUUCCAAUACAUGGUAAAUGGAUACCUUCCAUUAUAAACUUUUAUUAUAGAGCUUCCUUUUCUUAGUUUAGCACUUCAUUAAUUAAACAGUCAAGAUACUGAGAUCUAGCCAGCUGAGGUACCUGAUGAGAACGUGUAAAUCAGCGUAGUAUUGAGAUGUCCAGUUCAAUUUAACUUGGCAUGCUUAGAGUGGUGGACCUGCACAACCACAGAACUUGCUACUAAUCAAUUUGGCCAGCAAACUUAACUUUGCAUUCUGCAGAUGGCAGCAUAGCCUUACCCUAAAACAGUAAGUAAUGUAAUAUAAUCCAGCUCAAACCUCUUGAUUAAACUUUCUGUCCAGCCAGACCUCUAAUGUAUUUAAUUUGAAUUUGUUUUUAGUAUGUUUUCACAAACGUGGUGCGGACUAGUGUAGACUCAUGCUUGCAUAUAUGCUUGGUGACUGGAAGCUCAGUCUUAGAGGAAAAAAAAAUCUCAUAGUACUGUGGAGAAAGUACUGUAUUUUGGGUUUGGUUAUUUCUAAUGCUUAAUCUGCAAAGAGAUUACAAUGUGUUAGUGGCUGGGUGGGGACUUCUAGGUUCUGGCUAGAACCAAGUUUUGUGAUACUGAUUGACCUGAAUCUAGAUUUCUGCUACUAUUCUAAGUGCACUUCCAUGAAAUUCUGAUAAUGUUUCAGGAGCAGUUAGAAGCUUCCGAGCAAUUACUUGUCAUGUUUUUGACUUUUGAAGACAAGUUAUAAAUAAAGUUCAUAUAAUUUAUAAAAUGCUAUCUUCCUGUGAACUUUUGUCAUUUCCUUCUCGUGGUCCAUGCACUUCAUUACAGCACCACCGUAAGAUCAGUUAUUGCUGGCUGUGUAAUGCUGUAAGGAGCCCAUUAGAAGUUGAGUAAUGUAGAGGCUUCAGCUUUUUCUGCUAUGUAUUUUGUCCUGAUUUAUUGUUAGCGCUGCAACUUCAAUCUUUCAAACAAUGGACCAGACAGGUUAUGAAAAACAGUUCAGAUAGCAUGGUUCUAACCAAACUAAUAUAAGUCAGAGGAAUAAACCCACAGGUUUUCUUGGCUAAAUUGAGAAGUUCUUAUUGUCCUGUAGUUUUUUAAUCGGUGUUUAUAACCCUCAGCUUUAACUCUUCUGGCCAUCAAUUUUGUAAUGUAGUUAUAUCUAUGUUAUCCUCAGUUUGAGCAGCUCCAAAUGAGGAGGUGAAAAUUAGAGUGGCUCAUAGCAGCUAUUGGUCAGAAAUCUAGUUUUUCAUGCUAAAUGAUCAUAUCCUGACUGUUGAUCCACAUGCAUUUGUUGACUUUGGAAGUAAAAUCUCGGUUGCAUCGACUUAUUAUCUGAAAAUUAUUUCUUAUGUUGUACAGACAUAAAAUAUUGGGAGCAAGCAGUGAGUUGGCUGGAAAAUGCACACAAAAUCAACUUUAAUUUUGAUUAAAUGUGUGUAUGAAUAAGAAGCAAUGUUUUGGCACCUGCUAGGCUGAUAACAAUGGAAUUUACAGCAUGGAUGUGAUGAGCAUCCAUACAACCAUUCAGAGAUAAACUGAGCAGUAGAUUCCUAUUUAUUAUUCCAACUACCGAGGAGCUUUGUGUAUCCAUGCUGACUUCAUCAAGUUAACAAAUAUAAACUUGUUUACACAGGUUGUCAGAUGUUUUACUGAUACUUGCUGGUUGAUUUUUUUAAAAAAAAAGAGGCAUAUUUGUUCUGUGUAUAACCUUGGUUCAUCUAGUUUGUGUACAAAAAUUCUGGAUUAAAAAAAGCCUUACUACACAACAAGCUAGUCUGGGCUUCUAAAUCCAGUAUUGUGUUACUGCACAGGAGUGAAGUACUCUGCCAGAGCUGCUUUCACCUCGUUGUCAGCAGCUGAUCUUGUAGGCAUGGAAAAUCCCAAAUGCCCAUUGUUGGUGAUAAUUUAAUCGGGCUACCUUGCAACUGUGAAAUUCCCGGUGUCUAGCACCGGGAGACAGCAUUAGCAGGACGAUUAGCACUGAGGCAGAGGGACAGAAGGAGAAAAGACAAGAAAGCAGUUGAGCUUCUAUUUUUUGGAAUGAAUCUGGCUCCAGUCAAAGGCUGACCUUAAUAGGUCUGAUAAAUUGAUGUCAGCAUUCAUUGCCUAACACAGUCCGCAUCGCUUCAUCUGGAAUUACAGCAGUAAAUCCUCCUGAUCUCCUUAUGCUGGGGGGAUGAGAUCUUUUAAAGGACCCUGUCUAUAAUAAAGCAUUGGCAGUAUAUUCUGGCUUCUAAGGUCACCUGAUUAACAAAGUCACAACAAACUUGCUUCAGUGAGGCCUUUGGCCAGAUACACUGAAUGGUCACUGGUGAGAUUAACGUAAGAAGGACUGACCUCUCCUGGUCAGGAUUUUUACUAAUAUUUAUAGUAUCUUUUAGCAUCGCUUUAUUAGCCACACCCCCAGCAAGGCUUGAAGUCUUCAGAUGCUUUCAGCCAUUGUUUUCAAAGCAGUUUUGAUGCUUGCUUGUAGCGAAAGAUUUGAGAAGAGGAAAGGGAUUGAGAAAGAGUAACCGUAUACAUCAAUGUCUGUUUUCAGGAGAAGUUAUGUUCUCUGACUCUGUCUGAUAAUAUCACUAAUGUUUGCUACCACUGUCACAUCAGUAUUACCAAGAAUACAUGGAAAAGCAAAUGAGGGUUAUGUUUGCAGUCCUAAAGCUUUUCUAUACAUUAAAUAUAGUAAAAAUGACAAUGGGGUAUUUGUCUGAGGGUUUUGGGGGGGUUGAGUGUUUGUUUUUGAACUCAGAGCUUCACAUCACACUUCCAUUUAUCUGGGCUCAAUUUUUCAAAAGCAACUAAUUUUUUUUACGGGUCAACCUCAUUUAUUUUCCAGGUGAUGCACAUGGGGAAAGUUGAAACCACUAUGAAAACAUUUUCUUUCUUCCCCACUCCCUCCCCAUAUGUCCAGAAAAUACUCACAGUUAAGUGCAAAUAUAUGUUGUGAAAAUACAGUGAAAGUGAAAAUACAUACUGCUGUUACAGGA